GUGAUUGAUAUUGCUUCAACAAAAAGAAUUAACAUCUGUGAUUCAUGUACGACAGAAAGCAUCAUGCCACAGGUGCAGAGGAAAUCAGCAACAGUGUCACUAACUCUAGCCCCUUGUUCUGCAAGUGAAGGUUCUGCAAACCUGAGAAGUCCCCAAACGUACUCCAAACCUGUUCAGACUUCAUCUGUCAACAUCCAGCAGAGUCAAGAGACCCAAUAUUCUACUCAUUCAGGAGUUUCAUCAGAAUUUGCCCCAGUGUUCACAAAGUACUUGCAGGAUGUUACAUCACCGAAGAGUCAGUUAGUUGUGCUGGAGUGCAGAGUCCAGGGUUCGUCCCCUUUAAACAUCCAGUGGUACAAGGAGGAAAGGUUUAUCAAGGACUCUGCAGAUUUUCGAAUUUUAAGAAAGAAGGCCUGUUUAACAGCUGUACCCGAAGAGGUUUGCACGCUGGUAAUUACAGAAGCUUUUCCAGAAGAUUCGGGAUUAUAUAACUGUAUUGCAACCAACAGGUUUGGUGCAACUUCGUGCUGUGCCCAGCUCACGGUCUAUUCAGAAAAUCAGAAGACUCAAGAAGUUCAAGCUUUUGAAUCUCACACAGGAAUGCACCCAGAUACCUCCCUGAGGCAUCCAACUGUUGUGAACGACAAUGGAAUUCAAACCACAGCAAACCACAGUAGUCAGUGUGUACUGGAAAACAUGAGGCAAAAGGCUUAUAAACAUCUCACACUUGGUUCAGAUGCUCAGAUCCUUGAAGUUUGCCCUGAGGUAGACACCUCUCCAACAAAGACAUCACAAACACAAAAUCACCAUCCUGAACUUUACAGAUAUCCCAGCAACUCUGGAAAGAUUAUCAAGUCUCCAAAACCAACUAGUGAUGAACAAAUACAAGGCUCCAAAAAUGCUGUCAUUCAGGACUUGGAGAGAAAACUGCGCUCUAAAAGUGAGCUUCUACAUGAUGGGCAGCAGCGAUUAACCUAUGAGCAAAAGAUGGCACGCAGAUUACUGGGAGUGGAGAACGCUGCUUCUGUGCUUGAACUUCAAAAGAUGGAAAAUGAGCAGAUUAACCAGCAACAAAACACUCCAGAUAGCCAAAGGUGGCAGACAUACCAAUCACCAGCAGAAAGACAGAAGCUCAAUUCCAGAGAGGUUGAAAAUGAGAAUGCAUUGAUCCAGGAGAAGCACUACCCUCCUCGUUUUCUACAGAAACCAGAUGAGAAUAUGCUAAUUCAGCAGUAUGGACUCUGCAGAAUAGAUUGCAAGGUCAGUGGUCUGCCACCUCCAGAACUUAUGUGGUACCUAAAUGGCCGACCUGUUCAACAGGAUCUUGGGCAUAAGAUGCUUGUAUCAGGAAAAGGCGUACACUCACUCAUCAUUGAUGCAGUGACAGAAAGUGAUGCUGGGAGGUAUGAAUGUGUAGCCAUCAAUCGUGCUGGCCAGUGCCGAUUCACAGUAAACCUUGAAGUUGAAGUACGAGGACCAAUACAGGCACCAGAAUUUGCUUACAAGCUCCAAAAUUCAAGAGCUGUUGAAGGGGGGAAAGUGAAGUUGGAAUGCCUGGUGACUGGACAGCCACAACCAAGAAUCUUCUGGAGAAAGGAUCAUGAAGUGAUCAAGCAUGACACCAACAGAAUCAGCCUAUAUCAUAGUAACGACGGUAAAGUUGGCCUCGAAAUUUUCCCAGUCGAUAAACGUGAUGCUGGGUGGUAUACUGUAUCUGCCCAAAAUGAAGCUGGGUCAACAAUCUGCACAGCAAGACUAGAUGUCGCUGCUUGGCCAGUGAAACAAGUUCCAAACACUAAGCCACUGAAGGUACGGCCAACAUUUACCCGAUAUUCAGUGCUUAACGGUCAAGGAUUUCUGCCCGAACCAGGAUCCCAAUAUGCAGCAACGUCAUACCCUGGUUUAGUAGAGAGUGAUGAAUUGUGAUCUCGUCGUAUUUCAACUCAGCAGACAAUGUUAACUUUUCAGCUAAUGGAAUGUAGUAUGUUUUAUCCGCACCUUAUUAUACACAAAACAAUUAGUUUUGAGUAUAUAUUUACAUUUAGUUGUAAAAAUGCAAAAAUACUACAAUACGUAAGUGUUGUGUGUUAAGGUUUCUUAGUACAUGUACAUACACUUAAGAUAUGCAUCUUAGCAGAAAAACAUUUACGAUAUGGUAGUUAAUCAGUUGAGAUGGAUGAGAAAAUAAUUAUAUGAAAGUAAACAAGCAGAAUAAUACAUGCUAAACUGAUUUCAUGGUAUUCUGCUUUGUAAGUGUGGCUGUGGUAAUGGAUAUCAGUAAAAAGUAAAACUCUUUAUUGUUUGUAAGCUCUUUUAAAUAGCAGCAUGUACAUGAAGUUUUUAGACCAAAACACCUUGCAUUUAAACCAUGAAGCAGACUAGGCCUGUACAUAUUAGUUUGAAGCAAAUAGCUCAUGCAGACUGAGUGGGUGCUAACUUUGUGAAAUACUGUUAACUGAAAAUGUAGAGCAGUAAACUGACACUAAUCGAUGAAGGAACAUUGUUACAAUACUACCAAAUGUGCCCGUAUGAAAAGCUAGUCUUAAGUAUAAUUUUGACAUUUAUGACUAGCAUAAGAGUUCCACUUAUCUGGGUAAAAGCAAUUUUCUGCCAAUUCAGGCACUCAGACCUGGAAAGGGGCGGACAUAAAUUCUCAGUGCAGCCCUACAUUUGUGGAAAUUUGUCUUUUUGCAAAAAUUAUUCUGUGCACAUUAAUGGAAUGGUUAUUAAAGGAACACAGCAAUGUGGAAAUAACAUUUGUACAAGAAUACCAUGUUAUACAUUAAUUUGCUCACCUGAGUACAGAAGGUGUGUAUUCAUUUACAGUGUUAAUUUUCUUGAUGAGCAUCAUCAUAUCUGUCCUUGAAAAUAAUAUUACUUUCUGAAGGGACAAUUCAACAGCAUUACCCUUGGAUAAUAUAAAACUGCUAACAAUCAAAUGAUUGCUGCUAAUAAGUGGAAAUAAUUUAACUAGUGAAAACACAAAAUCCUACAAGGACAUAGUCCAAGCAUUUUUUGUGAUGUUUUUCUUGAAGAAGUUACAAACCAUCCUUGGUCUAUAGCAAUAACAACAAUGAUUUUUAACAUAUUUAGCCCACUUAUUCCCAGCUUUCCACAUUGUAAGUCAGCAUCAUAAUCACAGCUUUCUGGAAUAACGGUCAAUAAAACCAAGUUUCUUCACAACUUUUGGUAAAUUAAAAACAUGGAAUGUUUCAUUUUGCAAUUUUUAAACUUUGUUGAUCAAUAAAAUAAUCCAAUAUUUAAAAUUUACUUUUGAAACUGCUUAAAAUUCAUUUUAACAACUCUGUCAGAAGGCACCAUACAAACUGAGCGUAUAAAUAACAAGAGAUGAUUUUCAUUUGUGUUUUGCUAUGAGACAUCACGGGUUUCUUAGCUGCUGUUGAGAAAAUGCUGAGAAAUUUCAUUGUGACUGGAAGUGGAGGAAAAUCUGUUGGAGGGUAGACACUGAGCUGAAAGCUGCAGGUACAGUGAGCAGACAAAAGGUGAACUGCAGGCAUCCAUACUCUUCCAGGAUUUCUAUCCUCAGAAUAACAUGCCAGCACUUUUCACAGAAGUGCUGAAGGAGUGUGCCUUUCUACAGUGAAGUUGUGAUAAAGUGGUAUUGCCCCAAAUAACAGCAAGACCUAUAGCCUCCUGCCAGAGCUAGCACAGCAUCAACAGUUGCAAUGGAAGUUACUUCUUUGUUCUGCAAUGACAGAUAUCAGCAGCAUCAUAAGUCCACAAUGCAACCUGACAGAAGGCAGCUUACCGACAUGAUAAUUUGCUUUGGCAAACAAUUAUAUAAUUUUACCAACAGAGACUGGAAACAGCAAAUAAAAGCUAUAAAGUUUGUUCUCAUUGCAGCCUUUUCUCAAAUUCAGCAUGCAUAUUGCUCAAAAGACCAUGCCACCUUCAUACAUUGCCAGGACUUUCAGUCAAUUAAUGCCCAACUGGCAACUGUGAUGGCCAGCAGUGGUAUUUGUUUACUAUCCUGGCAGCUGUUGCAAAAUCCUUAGACUUUGUAAAUCCUUCUUUGCUCCCGCAUUACGGAUCAGAUGCUGACUUCUCGGGGCUAACACAUUUCCAUCGUGAACAUGUUAUUCAUUGCCUUCAGUGAGCUGCACGCACUGUCACUAAACAACCGCUACACAGCUAGUCAACAUGCUUCCACCACCUUCCUCAGCAAGUAGGCCAUUGGAAUGGUGAAGCAAGGAUUCUACUGCCUGAUAGAUCUACAAAUAUGCUGCAAUGCUCAUUACAAUGAUUGCGCUUUAUUGGAGUUGUGUGUUGUUAACUGGGUAAUUAAACUGCCACUUGCAGCCCCCAGUGAUGAAGGAUUUUCAGCGCAACAGGAGUGAUCACCCUGGUGACAAGGAAGAUGCUAAGGAAGUUUGGAUCCAAUGGACUAAAUGGCUUUCUAGUCUAUAUUAAUGCUAUCAUUCUGGUUCUGUUUGUUACCUGCAGCCAGAGAUCUUUAGCAGCAACACGGAAUACAGCUUUGGUUGAAUAAUCCCUGCUUCUAAAUGUCUAAAAUAUCUCGCAGUGCUUCCAUCAUCUUAUGUACUAUAUUUGUCUAAAGAAUAAAUUGAUAUUAAUGUCAACUAAUGUAACCAUCGCUCUCUGUUCCAGGAACUGAUG